AUGGGGUUUCUAUCGAUCGAUUACGGGACUCCGUACCAUGGUGAGGAGGGAUAUUGGGGACCGGUGACGGCGACCAUAGAUUGGUGUGAAGAGAACUACGUGAUCUCGAGAUACUUUGCUGAGUUUGUCAACAGUAUUACCAAUCUUUCUUUCUUCUUCCUGGCAGGAUACCACUUAUACUCUGCCGUGAAGAACAAACAUGGGGUUCUUUAUAUUUUCAUCGCAAUCGGUAUGGCGUUUGUUGGUUUUGGAUCAUGGCUGUUCCACAUGACCCUUCGCUACGAGUUUCAGCUCAUGGAUGAACUUCCCAUGAUAUACGUGACGGCAAUUCCGUUUGGCUAUCUUUUUGGCCACAACAAGCCCCCAAGAACGAAGCUCUUAGUUCAUUUAGCCACUGGGUUUUUUACUGUGUUGCUUACCGUGGUUUAUGUCUUCAUCUACAAGAACCCUGCCCUGCACCAAGCUUCGUAUGCGGCUUUGAAUUUCAGCAUUAUCUGGAAAACCUUGAACAAUAUCCAGUUAAAAGUGAAAGACAGAGCUGCUCAGAUCUUUCUCUAUAAAAUGCUCGGGACUGCUUUCUCCAUGUUCAUUUUUGGGUUUCUGAUAUGGAAUCUGGAUAACGUGUUUUGCCAGUACUUGAUCCAUGUCAGAAGAAACUACCUUGGCUUGCCGUACGGGAUUUUCAUCGAGGGUCAUGGAUGGUGGCACAUCUUCACAAGUCUGGGAAUUUACUACUUCGUCACGUAUAACGAGGUCCUUUCCACUUGGAUGGACGACAAACAAGAGGAUUACAAGGUGGUCUGGCACGGUCCGAUAUGCGAGGUUGUUUUGAAGGACAAGAAGGAUGUGGCCAGAAAGGAGCAAUGA